AUGGCCGGAACUGCUGAUGUCUCGCGCGUCGAGGCCCCCGUCACCCUGAAGGCCUACCUCAUGUGCGCCUUCGCCGCCUUCGGUGGUAUCUUCUUCGGCUACGACUCCGGCUACAUCAACGGCGUCAUGGGCAUGGACUACUUCAUCGAGGAGUUCACCGACCUGCGCAAGGCCGACUUCACCCCCGCCCAGCUCAAGGCCAACGCCUUCGCCCUGCCCGCCUCGCAGAAGUCGCUCAUCACCUCCAUCCUGUCGGCCGGCACCUUCUUUGGCGCCAUCAUCGCCGGCGACCUCGCCGACUUCUUCGGCCGUCGCACCACCAUCAUCGCCGGCUGCGCCGUCUUCAUCGUCGGCGUGUGCCUGCAGACCGCCUCCGCCUCGCUCGGCCUGCUCGUCGCCGGCCGCCUCGUCGCCGGCUUCGGUGUCGGCUUCGUCUCCGCCAUCAUCAUCCUGUACAUGUCCGAGAUCGCGCCCCGCAAGGUGCGCGGCGCCAUCGUCUCCGGCUACCAGUUCUGCAUCACCGUCGGCCUGCUGCUCGCCUCGUGCGUCAACUACGGCACCCAGAACCGCACCGACUCCGGCUCCUACCGCAUCCCCAUCGCCCUGCAGAUGCUCUGGGCCCUCAUCCUCGCCAUCGGCCUCUUCCUGCUGCCCGAGUCGCCCCGCUACUUCGUCAAGAAGAACAACUUCGACCGCGCCAAGUCCGCCCUCGCCUCCCUCCGCGGCCAGUCCGUCGACUCCGAGUACAUCCAGCAGGAGCUCGCCGAGAUCAUCGCCAACCACGAGUACGAGCUGCAGGUCGUGCCGCACCACAGCUACUUUUCCUCCUGGCUCAACUGCUUCCGCGGCUCGCUGACCAACCCGGCCAGCAACCUGCGUCGCACCAUCCUCGGCAUCUCCCUGCAGAUGAUGCAGCAGUGGACCGGCGUCAACUUCAUCUUCUACUUCGGCACCACCUUCUUCCAGUCCCUCGGCACCAUCGACGAUCCCUUCCUCAUCGGCCUCAUCACCACCCUCGUCAACGUCUGCUCCACCCCGGUUUCCUUCUGGGCCAUCGAGCGCAUCGGCCGCCGCCCCUUGCUCAUCUGGGGCGCCUGCGGCAUGUUCAUCUGCGAGUUCAUUGUCGCCAUCAUGGGCGUCACCGUCGGCGACCGCCCCGAGGCCGUCAAGGCCAUGAUCGCCUUCAUCUGUAUCUACAUCUUCUUCUUCGCCAGCACCUGGGGUCCUGGCGCCUGGGUCGUCAUUGGUGAAAUCUACCCUCUCCCCAUUCGUGCCCGCGGUAUCAUCGCCGUCAUCACUCCCUACCUCGUGUAUUCCGACAAGGCCAAUCUCGGCCCCAAGGUGUUCUUCCUCUGGGGCUCGCUCUGCGUGCUCUGCUUCCUCUACGCCUACCUCCUGGUGCCUGAGACCAAGGGUCUCACCCUGGAGCAGGUCGACAAGAUGCUCGAGGAGACCACGCCGCGCACCUCGGCCAAGUGGAAGCCACAUUCGACCUUCGCGGCGGACAUGGGCAUGACCGAAAAGGGCGCUCUCGAGGGCGUGACCACGACCACUUCCGUCUCCGGCCCCGAUAAUGCUUAA